AUGGACAAGUUUACUCUCCACGAAGACCCCAUCUCAGCUAAUUGCUACAAGAUCCGUCUAACUGCGGCGUUGCUGGGUAUACCGCUGGAACGUCGCCUCUACUCAAUCCUGAAUGGUGAAACAAGAACGGCAGAGUUCCUCAGCACCGUCUCUUCCUUUGGUAGAAUCCCCGUGCUGCAGAUUGGCGAUUCCACGUUUCUGCCGGAAAGCAACGCCGCCUGCUUUUAUCUCGCCGAUGCCGCCGGCCCAGCGUUCACGUCGUCCUCCCCGCUACAAGUGGCCACUUUGAUUCCCCAGGACCCGCUACAGCGUGCAGAGAUGUUGCGCUGGAUGUUCUUCGAACAGAACCAGCACGAAGUCAAUAUCGCAACUCUCCGAUUUUGGUUAUACAUCAUUGGGGAGGAUAAGCUCGAAGCGUCCAGACGUGCGCAGAUUAAGGCUAAGGUCGCGGCAGGAGAGCAGGUUUUGGAUUGUAUGGAGGAUCACCUUGCCAAGAGCGAGCAUGGGUGGUUCGUGGGCGACAGCAUCACUUUGGCAGAUAUCUGUCUCUUUGCGUACACUCAUAUUGCUGGAGACGCGAAAUUCGAACUCUCCAGAUGGCCGUCGAUCCUCAAAUGGUGCGAGCAAGUAAAGCAUGUUCCAGGCUACAUUCCCAUGGACUAG